UUCUUAGCUGCUCUCUCUCAAUGGUCAGAUUUGUGUUCUUGGAUAUGAGCUGUUGUCGUUCUUGAGUGAAGAUGACACACAGCACUGUGACUGCAGUCAGCAGAAGAACACACAGCAGAACCAAACACACUACAGCUGCUCUGGAGCUUCUGAUCCUCACAGAAUCACUUCCUAAAAAAACAUACAUUAUAUUAUACAUUAUAUUAUAUUUCUUCUCCAUCCAGUUUACAUCAGCUUUUAUGAGUAAAUGUAUUAACAAGUAAUCUCAAAUAAAAUGUCAUUUUUUAUUAUAGGUGAAGCAAAAAUGGCAAUAUAUUUAAGUAGGAGGAACAAAAUUGAAGGGUCUAUAGGAUGUGAAGUUAUAUCUAUCUUAAAAAAAACAGGAUAAAAUCAAGAGUAUGGAUUGAUUUUCAUUUUUAUAAGAUGAUGAAAGACUUUUUUUCAAACCAGUGUGGGGUUAUAAUGAUGCAGUUUGCUCUGUUGUAGAGACAUUCAAAGUUUCUCUUGUGUUACAAUGAGUAUUACUAAUGUAAUUUGAAUUAUUGUGUUGAAGUGGUGUAUAAGAAUUGUAAAUAAAUGUUUUGUUAAAAUUUAAAAAAAAUCUCUCUCUGCGGUUCAGCUCCCUUACUAUAUAAGCUAAUACUUUAGCUAUAAUCUGAUGCUGUUUUCUAAUUAUGUCUGGCUAAAUAUCUCAAUUUUUCUCUUAUUCAUGUUCUAGGAUCCUCUAAGAAAUACUUCAUUUGGUGCGUAUUACUUUUUUUUUUCUUUCUUUUUUGGGGUAGGCUCCGCUCGGGCCUUCAUUUUCGGCUGGAUUAGCUGGUAUCUACAAACUUCAGAUCCAUGCUAAGGAUGGCGCUACGCCAAAAUAAUUCUGUUAUUUGUAUGUUUCUGUAAAUAAAUGCUUUAGUCUAAUCUACACCUCCUGAGUCUUUCUGGAAUAACUUGUAUUCUCAUGUCUUGUAUGUCUGUCUAAAGCUGACCUCUAGUGGACAUUUUGUUAUCUGUGACUUUAAAGACACACCCAUGUUGUACACGAAAGCAGGAAACUCCUACAUUCAGGGCGACUGAAACACAAGUAUAAUUGAGCUGUUGUGUGUCUGUGCAGUACUCAUGCAGUAAAAUGGCAGAAGCCAGGUUUUCUCAAGACGAUUUCAUGUGCCCAGUGUGUCUGGAUCUCCUGACGGAUCCAGUGACCAUUCCCUGUGGACACAGCUUCUGUAUGGGAUGUAUAACAGACAGCUGGGAUCAGCAGGAUCAGAUGAGAGUCUACAGCUGCCCUCAGUGCAGACGGAUCUUCAACCCAACGCCUGAUUUAGCUAAAAACAUCAUGCUGGCUAAAGUGGUGGAUAAACUGAAGAAACCUCCUGGUCACUCUUACGCUGGACCUGGAGAAGUGCAGUGUGACGUCUGUGCUGGAAGAAAGUACAAAGCCGUCAAGUCCUGUCUGGUGUGUCUGGAAUCAUACUGUCAAACCCAUUUUGACCAUCAUGAGGAUUUUCACUCAUGUAAGCGCCACAAAGUGACCGAAACCACUGGACAACUGCAUGAGAAGAUCUGCUGUCAACAUGACAAGCUUCUGGAGUUGUUUUGUAAAACUGAUCAACAGUUUAUAUGUGUGCUUUGUUUGAAGUACGAACAUAAAAACCAUGACACUACAUCAGCUGCCGUACACAGGACAGAGAAACAGAAUCAGCUGAAGGAGACACAGAGAAGGUUCCAGCAGAGAAUCCAACAAAGAGAGAAAGAUCUUCAGCAGCUGAGAGAGACUGUGAAGUCUCAUAAGCGCUCUGCACAGACAGCCGUGGAGGAGAGCGAGAGGAUCUUUACUGAGCUCAUUCGCUCCAUUGAAAAAAUCCGCUCUAAGGUCACACAGCGGAUCAGAGAUCAGGAAAAGGAUGCAGCAAGUCGAGCUGAAGAACAACUCGAGCAACUGGAGCAGGAGAUCAGUGAUCUGAGGAGGAGAGACGCUGAGCUGGAGCAGCUUUCACAAACACAGGAUCACAUUCAUUUGCUUCAGAGCUUCCAGUGUCUCUCAACACCUCCUGAAUCUACAGAAGUACCCAACAUUCUCUUCAGUUCUCUCUUCUCUUUUGAUAGCAUGAGAGAAUCUGUCCGUCAGCUGAGAGACAAACUGAAGGAUUUCUGGAAAAAAGAGCUCAGAAACAUCUCUGACAGAGUAACAUUCACCAACUUUGUUCCCAGGACCAACAACGACUUCCUACAAUAUUCCCAUCAGCUCACUCUGGAUCCAAACACAGCUCAUCAACGGCUUUAUCUGUCCAACAGGAACAGAGUGAUUACUAAUACUUCCAUAGGGCAGCUGUAUCCUGAUCAUCCAGAAAGAUUUGAUUAUUGGCUUCAAGUGUUGUGUAGAGAGAGUGUGUGUGGACGCAGUUACUGGGAGAUUGAGUGGAGUGGGGUGUAUGGUGUGUAUAUAUCAGUGUCAUAUAAGAGCAUCAGCAGAAAGGGAGGGGGUUAUAACCGUUGGUUUGGACAUAAUGAUCAGUCCUGGAGUCUAUUCUGCUGUCCCUUCAGAUUUUCAUUCAUCCACAAUAAGAUAGAGACUGAUCUCCCUGUAGUGUCCAGUCGUAGAAUAGGAGUGUAUGUGGAUCACAGCGCAGGAACUCUGUCCUUCUACGGCGUCUCUGACACAAUGAGACUCAUCCACACGGUCCAGACUACAUUCACUCAGCCGCUCUAUCCUGGGUUUUGGGUUUAUUAUGACUCAACAUCAGUGAAACUGUGCUGAUGAAUCAGAAUAGAUUCAUAAGAAAUUCUACCCAUAAUGCUUUGAACUGCAUGACAAAUCAGUGACAGUUAGAAAAUAUGUACUUGGGUGCUCCAUAUAGUUUCAAAGCAGGUUUACAUAAAACAAUGAUGGUAAGUAAGUAACUAUAAAGUUAACUUUAUUCUUCUCCCAGUACACCUGCCACUUACUUACAUGUAUUUUGGGAGAAACUGAUGAAUUAACGAGAUGUAAAUCCAACUGAGAGGACUCCGAGCAGCUGCGCAAACAGACAUGCUGGUGUCCAUCUCACAUUACAGAUCACAAUCAAGAUCAUUUAGAACUGUUUUUAAACAAUAUAAGAGACCCAUUUGCACAUAUUUGUGAAUCGGAAUAUCAGAUAGUUGAGGAAAUGGUAAAUGAGUUUAUAAAUAUUUUAAAAACUACAUAAAAGUAAUCAAUCUGUCAUACAGUGUUAUUGUGGCAAUGGUGUGUCAUGUGACAAUGUUCGCCUAAAAACUCACUCUGGGGGAACUCUGGAAUAUUUUAAACACCACUGAAAUGGUUGAAAUGUCAGAAUUUGUGUGUAAUAUGUGACAUUGAUAGUAAUGUGGCUUGUACUAGUCCUGCUGGAUUCAUUUUUGUUACUUUCCAGUACAUGUGUCAUUUUGAUUUCUCCCAAAAAUAUUACUUAAUGUUAUCGCAUAGGACUAAAGGGGUGGUCACACUAGACUUGAAAUGUGCAAAAUUAUUUUGGACGCUGCUGCGAAUAUGGGUGGGAGGAAGAUUAUACGGUCUCUCCUCAAUUAUCACAUGGAUUAAUAUGUACUUGUACUGUGUCUUUUCCAACGGCGUUGAAAGCGUCUUAUUAUAUUGUACUCUCUGUAUCUCUCUCUCUAUAUAAAUAUAUACACCCUAAGCAAUAAACAUUUAUAAAACGUC